AUGGUGACUUCACUGAGCAUGGUGUGGCUGACUACAUCACGAAACGGUCUGGAGUUAUCGUCUUUACUACGCAGCCGAUUUUGCUGCCUUCCUUCGAGCCCGGUCUCAAUAAGGCAACAUUGA